AUGGUGCUCGGUUCCAGCAACAGUGUCUACAUGGCCAACUCGACCGAGGAAGACAUCUAUGUCAUGGUGUCUCUCAAUCCCGACUGGAUCAUUGCUGAUCUUAUCACCGACAUUGAUCUCUUCUUAACCGCCAUUGGAGAAAUCGCACAACUCGUAACCGGCGUAGUGCUUCCGACGACGAUCGCGACCCUCCGUGAUCUCCACCAAUUCCUCAAAAUCUCUUACACGGCUCUAGGUGAAGAGACCGUUGCUAGCACAGAAGCCGCUUUGGCCAUCCAUAAUGCGAUCAAAAAGAACUCUAUCGUUAUUCCUGCUGGCCAGUACAAGCAGGUUAACGAGAAGAAUUGGUUGGAGUUGUUGUUCAAUGCAUCUGGGGUCGGAAGUUUGUUGGGCGCGAGCAUAGUGUCGCUGAUGGUCAUGACUGGCGAUGGGAAGCGGUUUGCGAUGUACGAUACCAAGUCGGAUUACUCCUGGAUCGCUACUAACGACGGGAAGUGUGUCCGAUCCAAGUAUGGGUCAGUCUGGCAGCAGGACCCUCAAGCUGGAGUGGUGUAUUGGCCUUUGGGCGGCAAUCAGAUAGAGAACUGA